AUGAUCAAAGUGGAACCUCCAGUACCUGGUGCUGUACGAAUAACAUUGCAAGCCCCGCCUAACUUUACCAUUCCUUCUUAUUGUAUUGGAGGAACGUAUCCUUGCGUUUUUUGGAGCGCAGAUUCAAUACGAUUCCCCGACGAUGGGGCAGGUGUUGCGUUUUUCACCACAAGAGUAAACUCGAUAAAUUAUGCUCCACCACCAGGUUGUGACUUUUUAAAGGCUCAAUCACCGUCAGAUCCGUGUUUCUUUGACCCAAAAGCUCCAAAUGUACGUAACACUACACUUGUACCAAUGUCUUAUAUCGGUGAUAUUGAAGAUUAUACUGUGAUGAUAGAGCAUUCAGUAAGAGGAAGGAUUACUUCCAUCGCAAUUCGUAAUGGUUUAUUGGAAGGUCAACUUAUGUCUCAUGAUGGCAAACCACUGAAGACCAUAACUAAUGCUACAAGAAUGGCACUUAAUCCUAAUGCUGAUGGUGAUAUUUUUACUAUUAAAGAACUUCUUGAUGCUGCUGGUGCAAAGUUGGAUUCUCCCUCAACGGCUCCCGGAGCUAAAAAAGAUCAAGGCGAAGUUUACAGGACUUCUGGAAUAGUUAUCGUUAUUGUGAUUGAAUACAAAAACAAUCGCGAAGACAUAACCUAUAAGUAUAUACCUCAAGUGAUUGACGGAAAUGAAUAUAAAACAGUUGAACGAAUUUAUAAUAGUACAAGUGGUUCAAUUACAUUAGUUGAUAGGCAUGGUAUUCGUUUUGUAUUCCAGCAACAUGGAACUAUUGGUCAAUUCGACCUUCUAAGUCUUCUUACGAAUAUUGUUGGAGGUUUUGCACUUUUUAAAAUCGCUGAAAUGCUAGUAGAAUUCCUUAUGUUAAUUAUCCUUCCUGAAAAAGAAUAUUAUCAAAUUGCCAAAUUCCAAGAAACUAAUAGUUUUGAUGAAUGGCGUAAAAAUAAAAAAAUGCAAGAAAAACAGCUUUCCACCGAUCCCAAGGCUACUAAUGUCAGUAGAAUUGAUUAUUAUGAUAAUGUGAAUAUAGGUGGUAGUUCUAAUACUGAUAGUCAUGGUAUAAGUGCUGGUGGUUUUUACG